AUGGACAAAAUCCAGUCUGCGAUCACGGGCGACGCAUACGACAAGCCAGCCAUGACAAAGGACGGCGCCAUGACCGUGCAAGAUGCACCAGACGCACACACCGUCAAGGGAACAUCGGCCGAAGGUACCGCGGCCGAGAACAAGUUGUCCGGCAACCCUGACGAGGUCCAAAACACCACGGGCAACAAAGCGGCAAACAAAGCGAAGGAGGCUGAGCAGAAGCACUAA